AUGGCUGCUCUAAACCCAAGCGAGACAAAGGAUGGAUCUUCAAGCGAGCCCCAACUGACGGAAGCUAUGGAAACUUCCACCGGCGAUGACUCUUGUUUCUCGAGGAAGCGCAAGGCCGAAGCCACCAACGCGGAGGAUCAUCCCGAAGAAAGCGAAGGCGAGGGAGAAGAUAGUAGUGAUUCAGGUUGGGAUAAGGAUAGCUUCGAAGACCUGGUAUUCGAUCCCUCGGAUUAUCGUAUGCAUACGUCGGACUCGGACGAGGAAUUAUAUCAACAAGUCUUGAAUCUUCAAAAAGCGUCCAUCGAAACCAAGGGUUUCUUUGAGCCAUCGCAAGAUUUUCCCCGUCACGUGUGGAGUGGAAUAGUUUGCGUCCCAGAUGGUGAUAUUGAAAAAGAAAUUAAGGAAGGCAUUACCGGUCGCGAGUUCAUGGGAAGCAUGGCAUCUGAAUGUGUUGCAAAAUACAACAAACGCAAUCAGGGCAAGAGCUUGAUAUUCGACCAUUUCCUGAGGGCCAAUUUCAACCCGGGAAGUACGACCAGGUACUACAUCACGUUUGCUGCAAGAGAGUCUGACUCUCCUGAUGCUCCUUUAGUGGAGUAUCAAGCUAAGGCUGCACGCUGUGCAGGCAAGACUUAUCCCAUCCUUUGCAGACCCGCUCCACCAAAAAAGGUUGAAGGUGAUGAAAGUGGCACCGGUCAGGUAGCCAACAUGAUGGAAGAGAUCAACUGA